AUGUCGUACAAUUACGGUCCGCCCCCUCCGGCUCCACCGGUAGCGACCUCGGGCGGUGCCCCAAGCGGUUACCCUCCCUAUGGACCCCCUCGCGGCGGCCACAGUGGCAGAGGCCGCGGAGGUGCCGAACGCGGUGGCUACCACCAACCGCACCAGCCGCACCAGCCGCACCAUCCGGGCUACAGCUACAACCAGCCGCCCCAGUACAACCCCCAUCAGGGCCCGCCAUCGUACCCCGGACCGCCGCCGCCGCCUCAGCCUGGCUACCCACAGCAACCACCCCAGCAGCAGUGGCACCCCGAGCAUGCACAGCAACACCCGCCUCAAGGCGCUCCGCACGCUCCGCUGCCCGCUCAGAACUACCAUCCCAACUAUGCUCCCCAGAUCUAUCAGCAACAGCCGUCUUACACCGGCCCGCCGCAGUACCCUCCCCAGCCCCCGUACAAUCAGGCUUAUCCGAGCCCUACUCCGCAACCUGGACCCCCAACUCAGCAGUGGGUCGGACAUUCGCAGCCUCAGGGCCACCAAGGACCGUAUGGAGGCGGAAGAGGCGGCCGCGGUGGCAGCUACAACGAUCGUGGAGCGCCAAAGGGUCAGCUCAUGGGACCUCCGAUCAGGAUCGGAUUCGACAACGCCAACUCUCAGCCGGUACCCCCCGCUCCAGUGAGCGCUCCUUAUCCGGGUCCCUCGUUUGGCAAUCCACCUCCUGGCCCGUUCACUGCUCCCUAUCCGGCCUAUCCACCUCCCGCACCCUACGUGCCUGUGCCGCCCCCCUUUGACAGCCAUUCGUCCCACGGCACUCGCCAUCAUGGUCGUGGUGGUUUUCACAAUAACCGCGGGUCUCGCCCUCACUUUGGUGGCGGCGAUAGGACUCCCCACCGUGGCGCCCGCAAUUACAACAAAGGAACGCCCACCCCUACACCACCCGCCCAGCAUCAGAAGCCUGAGGCUGCGUCGGCUGGAAAGAAGAAGAAGCGCAAGACCAAUACACUGGGUCUAACCCCUGGCGAUGGCUCUGAUGAAGAUGACGAGAAUGAAGAGCAGCGCCUCAACGAAAUGUAUGGUGCUGAUGCACCCAACCCUCGGACCGCUUCCGAGAUUGCUGCGUGGAUCGCCGAGCGGCGUGCUAGGUACCCGACCAGGGCCAAAGUUGAAGCAAAGAAAGCCGCGGCCAAGACCCAGAGCGCCGAUGCUAGUCAGGAUAGAAACUCCACCCUGGAGCAAAAGGCCGAGAAGCUUAGGAAACAACUGGAGAAAGUCGAGUCGAGCAUCAAGCGGAAGCGUGAGCAGCAGGAUGAAGGCGACGACAUGAGGGAUCUAGAUCUGAGCUCAAUUUCGAGCGACGUCAAGUCUGAAGACGAGAAGCCUGAAGUCAUGUCGACUCGUCAGGACUCCAACCAGAUUCCUCCGCCGCCAAAGAAGGCAGAUCCGACCAAGCAUUGCAAGUACUACUCGACCGGAGGCACGUGUGGCAAGCGGGGCAAGUGCCGCUUCGUCCACGACCCUGCCGUCCGGGAGGCAGCCCUGAGAGAGCGCGAGAUGAACGGCGGCCGCAUGACCCUACAGCAGCGCCUAGUACUGAACGACAAGGAGCAGGAAGAUAUGGCGAUUCUUAAGACGCUCGCAGUCCUUCAAGACAAGGGCAUGAUCCCCAAGCAAGCAUCAAGCGUGCCAGCCUCCGAUGGCCAGUCGGGAUCCGCCCUCGGCGUUCAAUCCCAGCAACCUCCUACCCCAGUUAUCAAGCGGGAGCAGCCGCCCAACGGCCUUCCGCCCAUUCCACCCCCCAGUGUCGCCUCAAACGACAACACAUCCAAGUACCCUGGCUGGAAUCUCAGCGGCUUCGGAAAUACUGGUGUGCAGUCGAGCGACUAG